UGACAAAGUACUUCUUGCUAUUGCUAUUGGUGGGACUCUCAGUACAAACUAACAUUGUUUUAUCUGUAGGACAAAUUCAUCACUUUGGAUGCUUUUAGAGAUGAUUUAUAUCCAAGGGCUUGUUGAAGUUCUUGACAUUCGUUGGUUUGGCUUAAUUAAGAACAAUGCAUAGCUCUUCUCACUCUACUCACUAUGAAUAGAUAUCUAGUAAUUAUUCAGAAAAGGCACAAAGGGUUCACUUACUUUGCUAUUUGAAAUUUGUGUUUAUUCCUUUGUUAUAUCUGCUCACAAAAUGGAACCGAAUACUAUACCAGUAUUACAGUACUUCCUUUGAGAGUGUACAAAACAAACAAAGUGAAAUUCAGUUCAUGCAUACCAUAUCAAGGCAAGAGGUAAGUAAACACAACGGAAAUCAACCUGCAUUGAAGAACAUAGGAUGAGUCAUGUUGGGUUGAUGUGCCUUAUUGUAUUUUGCAUUCCAAGGUAGUCCCUGGGUGCUGUGUUGGUGGUGGCAGCUGCUUCCUUGGUGUUUCACUGGUCUGUACUUCAAAUUCUUCCUCUAACAAAAGUACAUAAUCUUUUACUGUGCAGGGAAUAUACCAAAUAAGUAUAAAGUGGACAGGAUUGUGUACUAUGUAAGGAUAGAGUAUGAGAGCAAGAUGAAAGAGGUUGAAUAUGAUGGAGAAGAAAACUUAAUGUCUGAGAAUCAAGUUUUGAAUAACUUGGGGAUAAAGUAGAAGUCAAAGUGAGGAAGAAUUGUUUGGAAGAGUGGCUGGUCAAGCACUGGAGGCAGAAUCACUAAUGUGUGGCAUUAAAAAAAAAAAAAAAAAAAAAAAAAAUAGGUACAGACAUUGAGUCAAUAGAAAACGAGAGUAGGAAUGACCUUGAUUGAUACACGCUCACAGUAGUGAGAACAGUGUGCGGAGCGGAGCGGUACAGCGAGGACCAGGUUGCCUCACCAGUAGAAGCCCCACCAAGACACAGGCAGCUUGGAGUUGUGCUGGUGAACAUGGUUGUGAUGAGGCAUAAUGAGUCAAGAUUUAUCUGCUCUUGCAGUGAUUGAAUGCACAUUCAAGAAAAUUUUUUCUUAGUUGUGCCGUUACUACUUAGAGGAACAAAUAAAGAAAAGAAAUAUGCGAUACAAGAGUGCAGUAAAGACUCGGCAAGGUUGUGAACACUGGCAAGGCAUGUCCGUAGACUGAGACGCGUUGCAUGCCUCACCACUGGAGCUGUUCGCUGCGGGCCAGCGGUUACCUGUCCCCGAAAUAAACAAUGUCCUCUGUCGGCGCGGCAUGGGUGACAGUGCUGGUAGUCUGUAGGGGCGUGACGAUGGCUGAGGAGACGCAGACGGCGGCAGCCUGGUGGCGGGCAGCUGGCGAGGACCUGGUGCGGGGGUGGGCGAGACAGGAGGAAACUAAGACAGUGACGCUGCUACUUCUGGCUGACGGAAAUGUGACGGAGGCAGCGGCGUGGGCUGACACAGUGAGGAUCUUUGCCUCCCACCUUACAAUAUCUGAAGACCCUCUGGUUUGCGUGGUAGUCUCCCUUCCGUCCCUGUCUCAGUGGCUUCCCGAUGGUAGGACUCUGCUGGUGGCGCCCCUGUUCAGCCUGCACCAUGCCCAGGCCCUUUCGCAGGUCAGUUGUUACUCGUGAAGCA